ACAGUUCUCUUAUUUCUCAACUUGUGUUUGUCUGCAGACAUGCGAGGUCGGAAGGAGCUGAUAGAGCACUAUGAUCCAGCCCAGUCCAGCUUCAUCAUAAAACACAAGGAGGAGAUUCGAAAUAUCAAGACUUACUUCAUCACGGGAAGGAAGCCGGGAAAUAAAGGCAUCCCGGGACUCGAUGAGUUGGCCGAUGAAAGGCCUGAGCAUUUACGAAAAAAUAAAGAGGCUGCAACUUCGGAUUCUCAAGAGAUAACCACAGAUUUAAGAUCUUUUACAGAUAUUAGAUUGUCUACAGAUUUCGGAUCUUCCACAGAUUUAAUAUCUUUUACAGAUAUUAGAUUAAGAAGAAAAGGUAGAAUAAGAGGAACUACCACCACCAGUUUAUCAGCUACACACCAUGUGUUUACUCUUCCUGUUUGCAGCCACUUGUUCCAGGAGAAUAUGUUGUCAUCCCCUCGCUACCAAACGGCAGUGGAGGCCAUCAUCGCCCUGGUUGCCUUCUUGAUCCUGGUCAUCUGCUGCCACGUCAUGUUUGACUUUGCUGCGACCACUGGUCUGACAGUGGUCACCGUGCUGGGUCUGUGUGUGGAGCUGGUGGUGCUUCUUGAUGCCUUGUCUAACAUCAUUUUCCUGGAGGCAAAGAAAGCAAAGUUUCCUACUCUCUUCAAUGUGACGCUCUCGUGGUACACCCGCAACGCUCUAGGAGUCUUCACGGCGACAAUCCCAGCCCUCCUCGUCUACAUCAGCUUGUCAUGUGAGCUAGCCAUCAGCGAUAACUGGCACGACCGCUUCUUCUGCUUCAGCAUCGUGGUCGCCCUGCUUCAGUACUGCAACUACACCAUGUUAAGUUCUUUUGCCAAAACGAUCAUGGCAAUUCUUGUCGGGUCCAUUCUGAUCAUCCUGCUGUUUCUGCAUCCUUGCACAUUUCCUUGGACUGAUGCUCCGGAGCAGGCCUUCAACUCUUCCAACAGUAGUAGUGUUCCAACAGUUAUCCUCCCCCAGCCCACACAUCGUCCUAUACCAGAGCACCUUUUCUCUGGGGAAAACAUGCUGAGAUUUGAGCUCAUUCUUAGCACCCUUCUUCUCUUAUUCCUCAUCUGUAUCAUUAACUACGAGUUUGAGAAUUCCUACCGUCUUAGUUUCAAUGCCAGCGUGAAAGCCCAGCGGGACAGAGAGAACAUGCAGCUGAACAAAGACCAGGCCGAGUGGCUUCUUCACAACAUCAUACCUGCCCAUUUGGCUGAAGUCUUCAAGACAAAUCGGAGUUAUUCCCGUAAUCAUCAAGAUGUGGGGGUUAUCUUUGCUACGAUUGUGAACUUUAAUGAAUUCUAUGAUGAAAUGUACGCCGGUGGACGUGAAUACCUUCGAGUCUUGAAUGAACUGAUUAGUGACUAUGAGGAACUCCUAAGUGAUGUUCGCUUCAAAGAUGUUGAGAAAAUUAAAACCAUCAGCUCCUCUUUCAUGGCAGCGGCUGGAUUAAAUGAGGAAAGCCGUGCCCAGAACAAACAUCCUUAUGCCCAUCUCUAUGCCCUGAUGGAGUUUGCCAUGAAGAUUCAGGAGGUUGUUGCUCGAUUUAAUGAGAGCAUUUUCAACUUCAACUUCAUCCUCAAAAUUGGCUACAACUACGGACCAGUGACCGCAGGUGUCAUUGGCACCACAAAACUGUUGUAUGACAUUUGGGGUGACGCUGUGAAUAUUGCCAGUCGUAUGUACUCAACAGGUGAAGACAACAGAAUUCAAGUUCCGGAGGCUACUGCCGAAUUACUUGGGGAUGUUUUUGAAUUCUCCUUUAGAGAUAUUAUUGCAGUGAAAGGAAAAGGGAAUAUGAAGACUUAUCUGCUUGAGAGGAAAAGACCUGGAGUUGAUUGGCAAUGA